UUCACAAGUUCGGAGCUUGGGAAAUCUCAAAUCUGUAUGAUUUAAGUUUGGAUUUUUCCGUGUAAAUAACAAUGUACACGUUGUAAUUUAUGAUAAAAACUAAACAUAAAAUCACAAGUGUGUCGGUGUGAUAACUAAUUAAGUGAAAAUGUUAUAUACAUCGCGUAAUAUUUUAAGGUUAUGCCGUAAAAACAACAUCGCAAGAUACAGCCAGAAUUUACUGGCAAAUGGCUCGAAUAACGAUUUAAACGGACAAAAACAACAGAACCACAAGGACUUCAAAUCAUUGUUUCAGCAACACAAAGACAAAAUAGUUUUUAGUUCAUAUUUGGAGCAAGAGAAAAUACAAUUAGGUCACUAUAAGUACUACUUGAAACACAUUAAGAAAGCAAAGGUAUCACGAGCUAAAAGCUUUCAGGAUAAAAAGCUGCCGCCGCUCCCUGUGGCCCUGCAGUACUAUGUCGACGAGGACAGGCUCAUUAAAGAGGAUGUCGAGGAAACAAAGGAAUCCGAGCAAGUUUUUCAUUUACCAUUUUCUAACACCACACAAGUUGAAGUUGACGACAAAAUUGCGGACGAUCCUCCUGUGACACCAUCUGAACCCGAACUGGAUGUGGAAUUUGAUAAAUCAAAUAUAACCAGUUGGAUGACCAAUUAUGAAUACUUUGAUGAUACAAAACUGGUGGAGGAGGAAACUUUAGAGGCGGAAUGGUGCAACCAGUACGGAACCCCCGACCCUUCUGUUGGGAUAAGUAAUGUCCCAUGUGGAGGCUGUGGAGCGCUACUUCACUGCAAUGAUCCGGCUAUUCCCGGCUACUUGCCUAGUGAGCUGUUCCAAGACAGAAACAUUGAGGAAUUAAAAACCAUGGUAUGUCAGAGAUGCCAUUUUCUUAAAGAAUACAAUAUUGCAUUGGAUGUAUCAGUAGAGCCUGAGGAAUAUGAGAAAUUGUUGCAAUCAAUAAGAAAAAUUAAAUCCUUGGUUUUGCUGAUUGUGGAUUUGUUGGACUUCCCGUGCUCCAUCUGGCCUGGCAUUGUGGACAUCAUCGGUACAGACAGACCUCUCAUUAUUGUUGCCAAUAAGGUGGACUUACUCCCUGGCGACAGUGAAGGUUAUCUAAAACGAAUUCGGCAGUCACUUAUGACAGAAAUCAACAAAACUAAGCUGAAGGACGCCAACAUAAAGUAUGUGGCACUGGUAUCCGCCAAGACCGGCUACGGAGUAGAGGAGCUCAUAUCCACCAUGUUCAGGCAGUGGCAGUACCGGGGGGACGUAUUCCUCGUGGGCUGCACCAACGUCGGCAAAAGCUCGCUGUUCAAUGCACUCCUGCAGUCCGAUUACUGUAAAGCCCAAGCUGUAGAUAUCGUCCAGAGAGCGACAGUGAGCCGCUGGCCGGGCACCACAUUAAAUCUCCUAAAAUUUCCCAUCAACAGACCCUGCGGAUGGAAAAUUCGAGAGCGCAGUAGAAGACUCGCGACGGAGCGGAUGCUUCUAAAAACGGAACGAAAGAUCAGAAAGGAGCAUAUCCAGGGGAGAACAGCAGCCGACCCGCCCUCCUUGAUGGGGUACAUCGGCCGAACCUUCACAGACCUACAAGUGAACGAAAACGAGAACAUAGCCAACAAACGCCUGAAACUCAAGGUGUUAGAUGAGAAACACGAGGUGUUCAGGAAGAGCAAGUGGCUGUACGACACUCCGGGAGUUAUACAUCCCGACCAGGUGCUCUCCCUCCUCAGCACGGAGGAACUGCUGCUCACACUACCGAAGAAGCUCAUCAGGCCUCAAACGUACUAUUUGCGUCAAGGGUCCACGAUUUUCAUAGCAGGACUAGCGAGAGUGGACGUAGUCGAAUGUGGCGAAGCUUGUCGUCUUACGAUAUUCUGCUCCGAAAAUCUUCCCAUAACAGUGGUGAAGACGGAGGACGCGGAGAACGUUUACGACGAGUUCGUGGGCACCGAGCUGUUCGCGGUGCCGUCGGGAGACGAAACAAGACUGAGAAACUGGCCCAAACUAGAGAAAUGUAAGGAAGACAUGGAAUUUACAGGCGAGGGACCGAAACUGUGCUGCGGCGACGUCGUCCUAUCGUCCAUCGCUUGGGUGUCGGUUACUGCGAAAACUAAAGAUACCUGUAAGCUGGCCGCGUGGACGCCCGAAGGCAGAGGCAUACACAAGCGUUACCCCUCUCUUCUGCCGUAUUCCGUAAAUUUGAAAGGCAAAAGGGUUCACGACACGCCGGCGUACAUGCUCGGCAAAUUCUAUGUUGGUGAUGAAGACUAAUAUCAUUUUUAAUGAUAAGUGUAACUUAGUGGUUAAUGAUACGUUUAAAUAAAUAGCUAUGUAAAAUCAA